CAGUCUUUCGAAUCUGUCCGUUGUGAGAGUGUCUUCGAGUCGUUUGUUUUUUGUGCGGAGAGUUUCAGUUGCUUGUCAGCUGCGUACACGGGUAUGGUCGCAUGCAUCCAAGCUGGGGAUUUGUAAACGCACAGUUUGACGGAAGCCGGGAGCAUUAAAGGGAUAACCCCGGUUGCGAGGAAUAUUCGACCUAUUAGGAAGCGAAGCAUCUUUCGUGGGCGCGUUCAGUUGCAUCCUAGCAUUUCCCACGGAAAGUAUCGAUUUCCUGAACUUUAUGCUGCUGCUGGUGUGGAAAGUCCUGAAUCAAACGGCAGCUCAUCUGCUCCCUCGAAACAUCUUGAGAUCUCGCUGUUGAAGUCGACCUAGUUCAGCGCAGCAUCUCGGAGACGCUGCGUUCCAGUUCCUCGUCCUCUUGAGUCCUUUGUUCGAACGGUCGCGACCAAAUGAAUGGCGGGAAAUUAGGCCGUUUGGAUUCGAGUGAUUUGUUUUUACUGGAAGUGUAGAGUAGAUUUCAGUCAUCUGGAAUUUAUUGGACAGGAGUUGAAAGAAAGUGUUUGCUUCGCGCUAGAACAGCGACAAAAGUAAAUGGAAUAAACAAAAUACGGUUCCGGAAGAUUUUUGUUUAGAAAAUUUGGAGGAACCGAAAAGCUUAGUACAGUGAAAAAGGCGUGACGACACCCAUACUUGGUUACCAGCCGCUUGUGAAGGAUCCUCACUGUUCGUAUCUAUAUUCUUUCUGUGUGUGGAAUACUUGCUGAAGGUUUUCGUUCUGAGGAAGGGCCAUUCUCAACCCGAUAGAUACUUGGUUGAUCGUUCUACAUCUCCACGAAUCGACGUCUCUUUUGCACUUGUUUGACCUGUGGUUCGAUUUAAUCAGUCAAAAUUUUCGGCAUAAAAAUGGAUACGAAUUCAGUGAGUCCGUUACCACCGCCUGAAGCCCCACUCGCCAUGAUGGAGGUCGAGAAGACACCACCAGGAAGUCCAUCUGCCAACGAUAUGCCUCCACCACCGGAUGAAAACUUCUGGGAUAAAAUAAUGAGAUACGAAGAAGAAACUGAAAAUACAUGGAACUGCGGAUCAUGGUUCGAAUAUCUGUUGAUAGUUAUCCUGUCCACGAUUCUGCUAAUUGGCGUCCUGGUCCUCACACUUUUUUGGGUUAUAUACUACCGGGGAGGUUUCGCGUGGACGGAAAAUCCGACGUUGCAGUUUAAUCUUCAUCCCGUUCUUAUGAUUGCUGGUUUUAUUACCUUUUCAGGCUUCUCAAUUUUACUGUAUAGAUUAUGCAGAUGUCUAAAACAUAUCUACGUGAAGCUGGCUCACAUGUUUUUCCAUGCUUGCGCCAUUCCUUGCAUAGUUGUUGGAUUCCUGGCUGUUUUCGAUUCGCACAAUUUGCAGGAGCCGCCACUGCCCAACUUUUAUUCGCUCCACUCGUGGCUCGGUUUCGUCACAAUGGGCUUAUUCGCUUUACAAUUUAUUGUUGGAUUCUUCAGUUUCCUCGUGCUCCUGUGUUGUGAAAACGCCACCUACGGAUGCCGGGCUGCAAUGGUUCCGAUUCAUGCCAGCUUCGGACUCGUCAACUUCAUGCUUGCGAUAGCAACUUGUGUGACUGGACUUACUGAGAAAGUAAUAAGCGCACAAUUCCCCGAGGCCGAGAAGAUUGUGAUGAAUUCAUUGGGCAUGGUUCUAGUGGCAAUCGGUAUCGUUGUAUCUGUCGCCGUACGAAGAUCUAACGCCCCAGCUACCGCCAAAGUUUAUGUGACUGAACGUCUAUAAACAACACGAAACACGCAUAUUUAGUUUAAAUAGUAUUAAUAAUAUGAAUAGUGUAAUUUCGUUUAAUUCAAUCUAAAUAGAUCUAAGGAUGUUGAAUAUGUAAUGUAAUGUUUUUCUUUCGUUUAUUUCAAUGUUUGCUAAUUGUACGAGAAUGCAUGAAGAAAUCACACGAUCAAAUAAGAAACGGUGUCGUUAUCAUCAUCAUUAUUAUCGGUAUUGCUCGGUAAUGCGUAGUAUUUGUAUGAGUAUUUUCAACGUUUUAACUUUUUUUAAUAUUAGAUAAAGGAAAACGAAUCGCCGAAUUGAUAAAGACAUAAAUAAAAACCAUUUUCUAAGAGGCAUUUUUAUGAAAUGUUAUUAAGACUAUUCCCAAUAAAAUACAUAAUUAUUUUGAUUUCACGAGUAAAUUAUUUUGUUUGGUAUAUCUUGAAGUGGACAUAUUUCGGGAGUGGCUGCAUUUAGCUUCAAUUCUGCAGUCAAUCAAGUCGUAUUUUCAUUAGCACUGCCUGCAGAAUGGCUGCUUCGCUCUUUAGCUAACCUGGGCUUUCUCGACAUUUUUGGUUGGCCGGCAGUGUUUGGAUCUAGUUUUCUGGUAAAUUAUUCACCUUUCAAAUAUCUUCUGCCUGUUUGCUUUGAUCACCAGUGAAUCGAACAACUAUUUUCUGAAUGUGAUCUGAACUUCUAUUGAAGUUAUUCUAGGUAGAUUAAUUGAUUAUCUGCUGACAUAUUAGUGGAUGAAAGAAAUCCAGAAAAUGAUCAAAAUUAUCUCAAAUGAAUGGGUGAAUAAAACUGUAGAUACCCACAUCUUCCCCAUUGUCCAGAAGCUUAGAUAAUGAAUUGUUUUUUUUUGUAAUCCAUUCACAAGGGAACACUCUCGUUGUUUGAAGCUAAUUUUAACGACUAUGAGUAAAAAAUAAUCAAAAUUACAAUCAAAGGGGUAGACACACCCCAAGCGGCAUUUAGUUAUUUAUAAAUCUGUUCCAUAUAUAAAUAAAUCUCUAACUUUACAUACAUUCAAAUGUAUAUUUUAAAUGUAUCACCAGUUGUGUAGUUUGAUGUCCUUAGUGUUCGUUGUCGUUCGUUACGCAAUCCUCCUAGAUAUUAGACAUUUUAUAAAACGUUAAUAUUAUAUACAAUACAAUAAAUGAUUUAUACUCGUUCAUAUUCGCGUAUGCAUAUUUGAAGUGAUUUGCAUCAGUAAAACAUUCCGUGCUCCGGCCAUCGGAGUUUCAUUCUAACAAGGAAUUUCUAUCCGUAACGGCUGAACAAGUCCAUUCGAAUUUCGCUUAGAAUAUGAACAACCAAAACAUCCAUGUGUUCACUAAAAGUCCGUUAUCGUUUACAAGAAAAUUGUUAACAGCAAUACAUGUAGUGCAUAUAACAUGAAUGAUAAGUGUCGCUUUUGUCUACCGAAAAUUCUUAUAUAUAAAAUAUAUAUAUGCAAUAAUACAACUUGCAUAUAAAGUUUAUCUAAAUCGGAAAUAAUGGUAAUAGUCAAAAUGAGCAACAGACCAAAAUAAAACCUCUUAGUUUACACGAGCCACUUUGUACACAUUUUAUACGAAGACAACACUUUCUUACAUCGAUUCUGCGAAGUUUUAUACAGACAUUUUAUAUACAAAGUAAACAAAUAAUGAAACACAAAUAAGCAAGUUGAUUAAACGAUUCAAUGAACCAAUAGAUUUAAUACCUAUAUGUAUUAACCUCCUGAAUAGUAAAUUCAUUCGAACGUAAGAAUUAGGCAAUUUACGGGAGAACGUCUAUCUACAUUAGAAAUAUGUAUCGGAAUAUUAUAAUAAAUAUCUUAAACAGA